AUGGCGUCGAAAUGGCACCAAAAGAAAGCAAAGCAGGCUGAAAUUGCCUUUGAAAAGGCUCUGCAAAACACUGAGGAGAAAGAGAUAUCUGUUACAGACUUGGUGAAGGAUGCUGCGAUGGGAGGUGGCGAUGAGGAAUUGUUUGAGAAAAAGUUGUCAAAAGAUGAGAAAAAGGCUCUUGCAAAAGCAAAACGUGAAGCGAAGCGCAAGGCUAAAGGCAAGGGGAAGGACGACGAUGAACCAGAAAAGGAAGAAGUCAAGUCGGCGCAGGAAGUUUUGAGUGAUGUUGCAGCUAUGGCGCAAGUGGAUAAUGUGGAUGAUGGAAUCGACCAUGAAGCCGCCGAUGUAUUGGCGUCUGCUGGAACAAUCUGUACCUUCAGUUCUAGUCGAAAAGGUGUUGAUGCUCGCGCAAAGGAUAUCAAUUGUCAAAACUUCACUUUACAGCAUAUGGGACAAGUUCUUCUUGACGAGUCUGAGGUGGUUUUGAAUCACGGAAAUCGAUAUGGAUUGAUUGGUAGGAAUGGAUGCGGAAAAUCCACACUUUUGAAGGCUUUGGGAGCAAGGGCCAUCCCCAUUCCCAAUUCGAUCGAUAUCUUCUUCCUCAAAGAAGAAAUCGAACCAUCAGACACGAUGACAGCAUUGGAAGCCGUGAUGAGUGUAGACGAAGAAAGACUCAAGCUCGAGAAACAUGCAGAAGAUUUGAAUACUUUGCUUGCAGAAGUUCCUGAGGAUGGCGAUCCGGAGAAUGAAAAAACGGCAGAAGAAAUCCAGGAGGAAAUUAUGGAAGCUCUGAACCUUGUUUACGAUCGUCUCGACGCUUUGGAUAGCUCGACCGCGGAGGUCCGAGCGCGUAGCAUCCUUGCUGGACUUGGGUUCACGCAUCAAAUGCAAUCUAAAUUGACCAAAGAUUUCUCUGGGGGUUGGCGAAUGAGAGUCUCACUUGCGAGAGCACUAUUUAUCCAACCUGUUUGUUUGCUUCUCGAUGAACCAACCAAUCACUUGGAUAUGGAAGCUGUAAUCUGGUUGGAAGACUAUCUGAGCCGAUGGGACCGCAUUCUUUUGCUGGUUUCUCAUUCCCAGGACUUUUUGAACAAUGUUUGUACUCACAUGGUCCACUUUACAAACCGACGAAAACUUGUGUAUUACGACGGAAACUACGACCAAUUCAUCAAGACAAAAACAGAGAAAGAGGAAAAUCAAUGGAAACAGUACAAGUGGGAACAGGAACAAAUCAAGAGCAUGAAGGAGUAUAUUGCACGAUUUGGACACGGAACUGCCAAGAAUGCGAAGCAGGCCCAAUCGAAGGAGAAGGUUCUCGCAAAAAUGAUUCGAGCUGGGCUCACUGAUAAGCCAGAAGAGGAGAAGCCGCUGAAUUUCAAGUUUCCAGAUCCUGGGCACCUACCACCACCUGUUCUAGCAUUUCACGACGUCUCUUUUGGUUACCCUGGUUGCGAGCCGUUAUAUUCCAACGUCAACUUUGGUGUAGAUUUGGAUUCUCGUGUCGCGCUAGUUGGACCGAAUGGGGCUGGAAAAACAACUCUUGUCAAAUUGAUGGCUGGAGAGCUCAAUUCAACUUUGGGUGAUAUCCGUCCUCACGGACAUCUGAAGAUGGGUCGUUUCACGCAGCAUUUCGUGGAUGUUCUUGACUUGACGAAGACCCCACUCGAGUUUUUCGAAGCUACCUAUCCAGGAGACCCGAGAGAUGAGCAAAGAAAAUACUUGGGUCGCUUCGGUGUGUCCGGAAAACAGCAAGUACAAAGAAUGUCCGAGUUGAGUGAUGGUCAAAAAUCCCGCGUUGUGUUUGCAAAGUUAGGAAGAGACGUACCGCACAUUCUGUUGUUGGAUGAGCCAACCAACCACUUGGACAUGGAAAGUAUCGACGCAUUGGCAAAGGCAGUAAAUGAAUUCGAAGGUGGCCUUGUCCUUGUUUCCCACGACAUGAGACUUAUCUCGCAAGUCGCAAAGGAGAUUUGGAUUUGUGACAACAAAACUAUUACGCAGUACCGUGGCGAUAUCAUGAACUUUAAGAUGGAUAUGCGCGCUCAAAUGGGCAUUGAGACCGACACAGGCAAGCUCCGUGGAGACGCAAGUGUUCAGGCCACAGAUAAACCAAGAAAAGAGAAAGCGAAGAAGAAGGAAGAACCCAAACUGGAGGUUGUCAGACCUAUGGCCAAGAUCGAAGAGGCUUCGCCGAAGCUCGAACCUGUCAAGCAGCAGUCAUCUCAAGUGGCCGAUGACUCGACAGUAGCUACAGUAUCAACAUCGACGACCACGAAUUCUGGAGGUUCUGGAAGUGCUCCAAAGAAAUACAUCCCCCCACACUUGCGGAAGAAGAUGGCUCAGGGAUGA